AAUUUAUACACAGUUAAUAAAUAAUGAAACAAAUAUUAACAUUCAUAUUUAUUGUCACUACUUUCGUAUUAUGUGAUCAUAAGCCAUGUGUGGCCCGGGAUUACAAGUUUGGGUCGACAGUGUGUGUAUGCAAUCGGACGUAUUGCGAUGAUUUGGAUCCCAUAUCAAAGACUGCCAAAGGAGUGGUCACUGUCUACGAGACGACUAAAAGUGGCGAUCGUUUCAAACGAACUCAACUCAUGUUUAACUACAACACAAUUGUUGACACAAACCCAGCACUCAAUCAAACCAUUACUAUAGACAGAAGUAAAACCUAUCAAAAGAUAUUAGGUUUUGGGGGCGCCUUCACUGACUCGACCGGCAUUAACAUCGAUUCACUGCCAGAAGUGAUGCAAAAGAGGAUAAUUGAAGACUAUUUCUCUGAAAGA